AUGCAGAAGCUUUCAUUCAAGAAGAAGACCCCGAAGGACCCAGAACAAGGUUACUCGGAUAGGAAGCGCAUCCUCGACACGAUCUCGGCGGACUUCCCCCAGGGGAGCUUGUCUGCGAUAUUGGGAAGCUCAGGGUCUGGCAAGACAACUUUACUGAACAUCUUAUCACGUCGAAUGCGCAGCUCCAACUUGACUGUUGCGGGCUUGGUCGAAUUCAACGGGUCGCCCAAACUAUCGUCGAUCUCCAAUGCCUAUGUCACGCAGAUGGACCUACUUCUUCCUACCUUGACUGUACGAGAGACAUUGCUAUACGCGGCUGCUCUGCGAUUACCUGCAUCAACGAACGCGGAGAAGCGCAAGCAAUUAGUCGAGGAGAUAAUCCUUGAACUGGGGUUGAAGGAAUGUGCCAACACCUACGUAGGUGAUGGGGAAUCUCACAAGGGCUGCUCCGGAGGCGAGCGUCGGCGCGUUAGCAUUGGUGUCCAAAUGCUCAGCAAUCCGAGCGUGCUGUUCUGCGACGAACCGACCACAGGCCUCGACGCGACGUCCGCAUACCAACUGGUGAAGACUCUCAAGUCCCUUUCGCAGAAGGGCCGCACCAUCAUUUGCACCAUACAUCAGCCGCGGCACGAUAUCUUUUUCCUCUUCGACCGAAUCACGCUACUCAGUCAGGGCCAUUCUCUAUACUCGGGACCCACCGAUGGCGCGCUGCCGUGGUUUGAGGGUCUCCUCCCAGGCAGCUUCCACAAACGGGUCAACCCAGCAGACUACCUGAUUCAGGUCGCCGCCGUAGAUUCUCGCACUCCCGAGGCUGAGUCCGAGACGCAGGGCCGCUUGAACAUGCUCAUCCAGGCGUGGAAGAAGGAGUCGCCCAUACGCUUUGAUGACUCUACCAGCAAGGAGGGGAGGGGUAUACCUAAUCCCCUUAGCGGCGACGACCGCGGCAAGAUCGAGGCUGCCCCGCUCGCGCGCCAGAUUGCCGUGCUCACCUCACGUACGUUGAAGACGACAAUCCGGGACCCGAUGGGUCUCGCUGCGGCAUGGCUGGAAGCCAUUCUCAUGGCGCUCGUCUGCGGCCUCGUCUUCCUCCAGCUCGGGAAAGACCAGGCUGGCAUUCGCUCUCGCGAAGCCGCGCUGUACAUUUCGGCAGGCCUGCAAGGCUACCUCGUACUCCUCUACGAGACGUGGCGGCUGGCAGGCGUGGACAUCGCCCUCUUCGACCGCGAACGGGGCGAAGGCGUCAUUGGUGUCGUCGCGUGGAUGUUGUCGAGACGGCUUGCGCGAGGGCUGCUAGAGGACGUCGCCGUGCCGUUUUUGUUCUCCGUCAUCUUCUACUUCAUGUGCGGAUUCGACGCGGACGGGAUGCAGUUCCUCAAGUUCUUUGCCGUCAUCUUGUUAAACCAGCUCAUUUCUGUCACCUUCGCUGUCGUGUGUGUCGGUGUCUCGCGCGAUUUCUCGAUCGCGACGCUGGUUGGGAAUCUUUCGUUCACCGUCCAGAGCUUCUCUUGCGGCUUCUUCAUUCAGGCAAACUCUAUUCCGGUGUAUGUGCGAUGGCUCAAGUGGAUUGCAUACAUCUACUAUGCAUUCGCCGCCCUCGCCGUCAACGAGUUCACCGACGAGUACUACGACUGCCCUACAGGCAAUGCAGCGACCGACCCGAACUGUCUGCAGUAUCGUGGCAACUUUAUCCUGCAGAACCUGUCGUUCCAUCGGAAUUGGUACGCGGUCCCCGUGGUAGUCAUGUUGGCUUUCGUCGUGGGCUUUGGCAUCCUUGGCGGACUUCUGCUCAAGUUCUGGACGGUCGACAUCCGUGUUGGUGGCGUACAGCAGCCCAAGGAGGCCUCUCGGAAAGACAAGUUGACGCACACGCGCUCUGAGCGGGACCGAACCCCGCCCAUCGACGUCGACCUGCUCGACUUCUCCCUCGCCAUCGAGAAGCCGCUCGCUCGCGGUGAGGAGGCCAAGCACAAGACCAUCCUCCACGGCGUAACCACACGCUUCGAGGCCGGCGCGGUCAACGUGAUCAUGGGACCGAGCGGCUCGGGCAAGUCAUCCCUGCUCAACACCAUGGCUCUACGCGUUCACUCGAGCCCGCUCGUCCGCUAUCGCGCGGGCGGGCGAAUGCUUCUGAACGGCGUCGACCCAGGCGAUUCGAUCGUGCGCAGCUUGUGCUCGUAUGUGACGCAGGACGACAACUCGUUGCUGCCGUACCUCACUGUGCGGGAGAUGCUGCAUUUUGCCGCCGGGCUAAGGCUACCAAAGGAGAUGAGCAAGGAGCAAAAACGCCAGAAGGCGGAGGAGGUCAUAUUGAAGCUCGGACUACGGGAUUGUGCGGAUACGCUGAUUGGGAGCGAGUUCAUCAAGGGGAUUAGUGGCGGGGAGAAGCGGCGCGUUAGCAUCGCCGUCCAAAUUUUGACUGAACCCCGGAUACUAAUCGCCGACGAGCCUACCAGUGGACUGGACGCCUUCACGGCAUCGUCCAUCCUCGACGUCCUCAACACGCUCGCGCAGGAAGGCCGCACCGUCAUCAUCACUAUCCACCAAAGCCGCUCCGAGCUCUUCAACCAGUUCGGCAACCUGCUCCUGCUCGCCAAGGGCGGGCACGUCGCCUACUCCGGCCCCGCCGCCGACAUGAUCGCCUACUUCACGAAUCUCGGGCACCCCUACCCGCCCAUGAGCAACCCCAGCGACUGGGCGCUCGACCUCAUCUCCAUCGACCUGCGCAGCGCGAAGGAGGAAGAGCUCAGCCGCGCGAAGGUGCAGAAGAUCCUCGACGCGUACGAUCCGAAGGCGCACUUCGACUUUGCGAAGCACCGCCAGGUCGCGCUGCCGGAGGAGCUGGGGCGCAUGCGGAAGCGGAUGGCGCCGUUUUAUGUCGCGCUGCCGAUUUUGUUGAGGAGGGGGGUGCUGAAUUUUAGGAGACAGCCGAAUCUAGGGGCGGCGAGGAUUGGGCAGGUGAUUGGACUGGGAGGGGCGCUUGCGUUGUUCUUUGCGCCGUUGGGGAGGGAUUACUACGAUGCGAGCAUGAACAUUGUUGGUGGCAUCCAGGAGAUCCUGCCCAUAUACUUCGUUGGCAUGCUGCAGAACGUGGCAAUGUACCCGAACGAACGAGACGUCUUCUAUAAGGAAAACGACGACCGGGCCUACUCCCUCGAGGCGUUCUUCGUCUCCUAUACCAUGCUCGAGGUGCCGUUCGAGAUUGUUUCCGCCCUCCUGUUCUCCCUCCUCGGCUGCAUCGCCAUCAAUCUCAAGCGCACCGUGCCCAUGUACUUCAUCGUUGCGCUCAACGCCUUCUGCAUCGUCAGCUGCGGCGAGUCCAUCGGCAUCAUCUUCAACACGCUCUUCCAAAGUACCGGUUUCGCGCUCAACGUCACGAGCACCAUUCUAUCGAUCGGGACGUUCAUGAGUGGCCUCCUCAGCGUUGACAUGCCCGGCUUCCUCAAGGGCAUCAACUACAUCUCGCCCCUCAAAUACGCCACCGAGAACCUCAUGCCGUACACCCUACGCGGCAUGACCUUCACCUGCGAGGACUUCCAGCGGCUGCCCGACGGCCGGUGCCCGCUGGAGACCGGCGAGCAGGUGCUGCAGCUGUUCAACAUGGAUAUCGAUCCCGCGCCGAGGCUGGGCGCGGUGGUGGCGACGACGGUGGUGUAUCGGCUUGUGGCGUAUCUGGUGUUGAGAUUGGUGAGGACGGACGUUGGGGGGUUGUGGAGGCGGAGGAGGGAGUGA